UUAUAUCAGCAUGCAAACAGUCGCUUUAGUUUUUUUUGUCCGCGCACACACAUACUGAUAGAGAAACAGCAGCAUGGCGAGCGAGGAGAGAGCACAGAGUUCCUCACAUCCACCAAGAACAAAGUCAACAUCGUGCAUGGGGAUCCUGCGGGUUUUAUUUAUUGCAAUAAUUCACGUGGCACAGGCGAACAAGCAAGCUUUCAUCCAGUCAAACAAAAUCUUGGAGGUACUACAUUUUGGGGAUGGAGGUCUCUUGCAGGCAGAGUCUGACAUUGACCUUAGCUCAUAUCAUCAAAAAAGUGCAUCCUCACAGAGGGGGAAUAGCAGACCUAUACGCUUUGAGCCACCAAUGCUGGACUUCCAUGAACAGCCAGUUGGAAUGCCAAAAAUGGAAAAAGUUUACUUACACAAUCCAAGUUCAGAAGAAAUUAGUUUAAUAUCAAUAUCAGCAACAACAGCGCAUUUUCAUGCAUCCUUUUUUCAGAGUAGGAUAAUUCCACCAGGAGGGAACACCUCAUUUGAUGUAGUGUUUCUUGCUCGAGUAGUAGGAAAUGUAGAAAAUACGUUAUUUAUUAACACAUCUCAUCAUGGAGUGUUCACAUACCAGGUGUUUGGUGUGGGCAUCCCUAACCCUUACAGACUCAGGCCCUUUGUAGGGGCCAGAGUACCCGUAAAUAGCAGCUUCUCUCCACUCAUAAACAUCUUCAACCCACACAGUGAACCACUCCAGGUUGUGGAGAUGUACUCAAGUGGGGGUGAUCUGCAUCUAGAGCUGCCUACUGGCCAACAAGGUGGCACCAAAAAGUUAUGGGAGAUUGCCCCGUUUGAGACAAAGGGUGUGAUGAGGGCCAGCUUCUCUUCGCGGGAUGCUGACAACCACACAGCUUUUAUCAGGAUCAAAACCAAUGCAUCCAAUGAGGAUGAGUUUAUCAUCCUCCCUGUGGAAGUGGAGGUCACCACAGCACCUGGUAUAUACUCUUCAACAGAGAUGUUGGACUUUGGUACGCUUCGAUCACAAGAUCGACCAAAACAGUUGAAUUUGCAUCUUCUAAAUUCUGGAGCAAAAGAUGUGUCAAUCAUGAGCGUUCGUCCAACACCAUCAAACGAAGCCAUCACAGUCGAGUUCAAGCAGAUCACACUAAAAGCAGGAGAGAGUCGAUAUACCAAAGUUGCAAGUAUUAAUUUUGAUGCUUCAAAAGCAAGAAGACCAGACCAGUUUUCUGGUAAAAUAACAGUAAAGGCGAAAGAGAAAAGCUACUCAAAACUUGAAAUCCCUUACCAAGCUGAAGUUUUAGAAGGGUAUCUGGGCUUUGACCACACAGCCACCCUGUUCCACAUCAGAGAUAGCCCUGUAGAUCCAGUGGAUAGGCCCAUCUACCUCACCAACACCUUUAACUUCGCCAUACGCAUCCACAACGUGUCCCUUCCUGAGGAUGCGAAGACUAUGUUCAAUGUGCAUAAUUUUAGCGCGCCAGUCCUCAUCCCUCCCCACGAGUCGCGCUACAUGUUCUCACUUCUCUUCCGGCCUGUGCGUCCAUCCAUUCACAUCGACAGCAACAUCCUCCUCAUCACCAAUGCAUCAAAGUUCCACCUGCCUGUCAGGGCGUAUACUGGCUUCCUGGAGCCUGUAGUCCUUCCACCUAGUCCUACAGAGCACAUCUUGGAUUAUGGAGUCCUUAGUGCUACAGACACCAGCAGUUUGGUGUUUGUGGUCGUCAACAGCAACCCCAUAGAGCUGGAAAUAAAGUCAUGGCUGGUGACUGGAGACAGUCUGUCGAUGGAGCUACUGAACACAGAGAAAGGGAACAGGAGUGUAGCACUGGGUAGAAUCAGAGAGCUCCAGAACACUUCAGCAGUCCAUUACAAAACUGUCAUUUUAGCCUCUGGCUAUUAUGCAGCAUUUAAAGUCACUCUGGUGGCUAAAGCACUGGAGGGGGUGUAUGAUGGAGCUGUACAUAUUACCACAGAUUAUGAGAUAUUGACUAUUCCAGUAAAGGCCCUCAUAGCUGUGGGAACAUUAAGCUCUUCACCCAAACACAUUAUUAUGCCCCCUUCCUUUCCGGGAAAAGUGGUUCACCAGGGCCUCAGCAUCCAAAGUUCAUUCUCGCAGAAGGUCAGGCUUCAGCAGAUCCUUUCUCUUACUGAGGAUGUGCGGUUUUACUACAAACGACUUCGUAGUAACAAAGUGGAGCUGGAGCCCAGACGCAAAUCCAAGAUAGCAAAUAUUUAUUUUGAUGCAAGUUUACAGUGUGGCGAUCACUGUUAUGUGGGAUUACCAUUUGUGCUGAAAUCUGAAUCAAGAUCCCAUAGUCUGGCCAUGCAAGAGGACAUUUGGGAUGCUGAUGUAGAUUUGCACCAGAGGUUGUUGAAAAGAUGGAGAGAACUGAAGGAACAGUCAGGGCUUGAGAUUGAAGCAUUCUUUGAAGUAAACACAGAUCUUCAGAAAAAUGUGCAGGCAAAAAUCUCAGCACAGCUUACAUGGCCCUCACUAGUAAAUUCCUCACAGCAAGUUCUGUUCCCCCUCACCAACACCAACAGCUCUUCGGAGGAGGAGGUUGUUCUGGAGAACCCGUCUGAUGUACCAGUCUAUGUGCAGGUUCUCCCAGUGGCCCUCUACCCAAACCCUUCAGUGUUCACCGGAAUACUAGAAGACAGAUUCCCAAGAGGAAAGUUAUCCAUCAUUGAUACGAAUACACUGGAAUUUGAGGUCCAAAGAAAUCAAUCCUCAGUAACGAGUUCCACAGGAUUUGUCGAAGGGUCAACACGGCCUUUUAUCUUUAAUGUGCUGCUCAUGCCCGGUGAAGCAAAGUCCCUCAGUGUGAAGUUCACUCCCAUCAGCAAUCAUAGUGUGUCCUCCCUGCUGGUAGUCAGGAAUAACCUGACUGUGGUGGACCUGAUCAUGGUGCAUGGUCAGGGUACAAGAGAGAGUCUGAAGCUUGCUGGGAAGGCCCCAGGACCAGGCAGCUCCCUGAGAUUUAAGAUGACUGAGGCACUCCUCAAAGACUGUUCAGAAAACAAACCCAAGGAACCAAAUUUCACUCUGCGAAGGACAUUCAGACUGGAGAAUACAGGGCUUCUCCCCAUUCACAUCCGAUCCAUGGAAAUCAGUGGCACCCCCUGCCAGGGCUAUGGAUUCAAAGUUCUCAACUGUCAAGAAUUUGCACUCAAACCAAACACUUCGAGAGACCUCGUCAUACUGUUUACACCAGAUUUCACGUCAUCACGAGUCAUCCGGGAGCUGAAGUUUGUGUCGGCAGGCGGCUCAGAGUUCGCGUUCGUGUUGAACGCUUCGUUGCCCUAUCACGUGCUGGCAGCGUGUGCGGAGACCAUCCCCCCACCCAACUGGGAGCUGGAGCUCUACAUUAUUGUCUCCCUCUUUAUGAGUUCUAUGUUUCUCCUGGUUAUCGCCACUGCCUAUCUGGAGGCCCAGGGAAUAUGGGAGCCUUUCAAAAAACGCCUAUCUGUGGAAUCCAACUCUCCCAUGGAGACCGGAAAACCAUUUGAUCUCAGGGAAAUUGUUAGAAUUCAAAGUGAUGCAAACUUGAACGAUUUUGCUGACUCGCACCAGAACUUGACUAGAGGAAUGUAUGGGUCAGGUAGUGGUGGACGAGCUGGUGGGCGGCAGGGUGGCCCCCACUCCAACUCCAAUGGCAGCACCAUUUUAGGGGACUGCAAGUCCAGAACUGGCUCAGGCCGCUCAGCAUCUAUGCAAGCUUCCUCCCCUUCUUCCUCUCAGCUCAUAAAAGACAGUGGCCCAGGACUCCCUCAGUUAACCCACCGUAAGGCAAAGAGCUCAAAGCAGCAGCAGCAGCAGACCUCCAGCCCUAUGGAAGAGCUCCAAAACCUAGGCACAGCCACCCUGUCCCAGCCUCACAGAGGCCACAGCACGGAGGAUCAGGACUACAGCAGACUUCUCAUAGCCAUGGACAAAGACUUAGAUCGGCCUGAGUCUCCUGCCAUCAAUUUGUUCACAGAACAGAACAUACAGCAGCCUUCACAAAACAAGGUAGUGCUGGAAUCAAAAGGGAAACUGAAGACUAAAUCAAAGGCUCAGAAGAAGAAAGAGGAGAAAGAGAGGAAAGCAAAGGGAAAGACUCAAGGAGAAGAGUUGAAAGAGGCACUUGCAGACAAUGACGACAGCUCCUCCACUACCACUGAGACCUCAAACCCAGAUACAGAGACUAAUCUUAAAGAGGAACCAGUGAAGAAGAAGGUCCGAACAGUCAUGAUGGAUAAAGAAAGAGAGGAAGUCCCUCCCUCCCCUACUAAACCCAAAAACAAGAAACAAUCAACCACAAAGAAAGAGAAUCAAGUGGAGAAGUCCAGUUCUCUGGAACUCCCCUAUGUCACCCCAUUGGAAAACAAGCAGCGCAAGACAUUCCCUAAAAAUGUCAUCAGUACAGGAACCUCCAACAUGCCGAAACCACGACCUCCACAGAAACAGAGAGUGCCUGGUGGGAAGCUGGAGGAUGGGCGUCCGUCUCCAUUGGCAAAGUUCCUUAACAACGGCUUCAUGCAGGAGUUCAGCAGUGGUUCAGAGGGGGAGAAAGAGUCCCCCCCACCAGAAUGGGAUGUUCCACUCAAAGUUAGCAGCCAAGCAGACAGUCUUCAACAGAUUUCCUUGCAGACUAUGAAUGCAGACCCCUUCCUGAAGAGACCUAUCUCAGCUAUCUCCAGAACUUGCUCCCCUCCCCCUACCUCACCCACCCUGAUGCCUCGUGUAAGCUACAGCAGUGUGCUUAACACCAGCAGUGAGGUGAACUCAAAGAAGGCUCCAGGGAACAAACUAACCAAGUCCACAUCUCUCCCUGGCAAGAAUGGAAAUCCCACUUUUGCAGCUGUGGCUGCUGGCUAUGACAAAAGCCCUGGUGGCAGUGGCUCAGGUAAAACAGAUGGUCUUGGGAAGGUGGCCCUACCUCACAUGACAUCAGUGGAGAGUGACAGCUCUGAUAGUAGUUCUGGAUUAUGGAGUCCUGUUGAAAGCAUCAGCAGCCCUGGCUUCAGUUCCCUCAACUCUUUCUCUGCGUUUGGACCCAACAACCCACUCAACUUGUCUGGAGUGUUCAGUGGCAUGGCUGCUGUGCCCAAGAGUUUAGAGCCUCAAUCGAGCUGGCCUGAAUACCCCUCUAUGUCCUCCUCCAUCUGGGACUCUGAACGAUCAAGCCCUUGGCCUACCAGCACUGGCUCCCCUACCACUCCAACAGCUUCCAUUCUGGGGAAGUCUCGCAACCCUUGGUCCCCAAGCCUGCCCUUCAGCAGCUCUAUCUGGUCUACGGGUGCUGACUCCACUCUGCACUCCUCCACCCUCACUGACCUGGUCAGCCACACAGCGCCGCCCACUCCAGCCCCAACUGACAUAGGCCGCUCCUACUACCCGUGGAGCAUGUGGCCUCCCCCACCGAGCCGCUGGAACUCAGAGCCCUGGCCCAACAACCCUGAUGGCAACAAUGGUAACUAAAGGAGACACACUGUCCCAAAAAAUGGCCCGCUAUAGCAACAAAACAACAAGAAAUGCCAUGAUUUCUGUUCUUAGGAUAUGUUUCUUUUCUUCAUUAAAGAGUUCUAGAAACACUGAUAUAAUUUUAUACAUAAAAUCCUUUGGAGAAAUUGUCAGGUUAAAUUGAUUAAAUUGUGAACUGGAUUGUCCAGGUUUUCAUUUAGUCCCGCUCCAAAUUCAGGUUUCCACUAACAAAAUUAUUUUAUUUUUUGAGGGGUGUGACGCAUAAGCCUUAUUUGAAGUAAUUUUAACUGCAAAAACUCAAUCAUUAAAAGAAUUAGGACACUGGCCUAUUGGAAUGAUAUUGCCCUUGUAGGGGUGUGUUUUUUUGUUUUCUUUUUAUUGUUUUAAGAGUUCCCCCUUUUGCGUAAUACUGCGUUUUUGUUUUUUUUUGUUUUUUUUUUGUUUUUUUUUUUAUUUUGGAACUAAAGUAUAUGACCCAGUAUUACUGUAUGGUGAAAAGUGCAGUAUUACCCAACUGUAAGUGAAGCACUUUGUGUUAAAUCCCACUCUUAAAGAGAAAUAGGCCCUGGUUUAAGAGUUGCAUUCAUUUUAUAACCUGUUUGGCCAAACUUGCUGAUUUCUGGGAACUCUGGGUACGAUCAUAGAAGAUUCAGCAAGAUGGUAAUUAUUGUGUUAUCAGGACCACAAAAGUCUUUGCCCGCUGUUUUAUGGUCAAUGCCAAAUCAUAAGAGCAUUCAGGAUUUGAGGUUUAACUUAUUUUUUUAUUGGAUUCUGAUUAAAGGAAAAAGAAAUAUUAUUUGCUAAAAUUGGAUUUUAAUUUAAGGUCUAAGGGAGUUCAAAGUACUUGAAGUUUUGGAGUUUGUUCUGUACAUCGUUCAUUUGUCACCUUGAGUGAGACAUCAGUCACAUUGGUUAAAAUAAACAUAUCAGGCUGCAAUAA